ACCCCGACUCAGGCGUUCCGAGUCGCCGAGUCCAAAAAUAAAAAAUAAAAAAAUCUCAAAAUAAUCCAUUCCACCAUCCAAUUUCGGUUGGAAAAUGUCGAAGGCUCUCUCAAUCGCACCGCCACCCAUAUUCUUCUAUUGCCAUCGGAGGAUUUGGAGUAGUAGGCCAUCCCUUUUGUCAUUUGGGCACCUUCAUCAUCUUCCUAUUCCUAUCAGAACAUGUCUCAUUUCAGCCGUUGGAUCCGAGGCCACAGCAUCUGCCUGGAGUGCGGAGGAAGGCCCCUCUCAGGACCUGCUCUCCUUAGACCUCCAACCCAUCUCCAGCGAAGGCCAGUUCGAUCGAAUCAUUGCAGAGGCUCAGCAGCUUGAGGAAUCAGUUAUCAUUGUUUGGAUGGCAGGAUGGUGCAGAAAAUGUAUAUAUUUGAAACCCAAGUUGGAGAAAUUGGCUGUUGACUAUUAUCCAAGAAUCCGCUUCUACUGUAUUGACGUCAACACAGUCCCACAGAGGCUUGUGAAUCGUGCAGGAAUUACGGUUGCAUCAGGUUGGCAGCCAGCGUCAAACUUAUGCCAGAACUUUCAUCAUGAAUCUGAACAAUAUGACUUUCCGAAAUCAUGCUAGAGCAUUCCCUGGAAGUGACACGCUGCAUCGAAGAAAAGACUUGAUACUAAAGGUCUGGCCCUUAGUGGAAUGGCGGAACAGGAUUCAUGUAGCCAACCCCAAAUAAUUGGGAUAAGGCUUAGAUGAUGAUGAUGUUAGCUUCUGAUUACUGGUUGUUUGUUUUGUUAAUUCAGACAACUGAUUAUUUUUCAUCUUGACCAUUCAUUAAGUGUCCAAAGAUCAACUAUUUGGAGAAUAAAAUGAGUGUUUUUUUUUUUGGUUUGUUUACGAUGCAUGCAUAAACCCUUGCACUGCUGUAUAGUUACAAAAUCCUAAAUGAGGUGGGAUGAGAGGUUCCCUCUCACUUGUGAAUAAAAGAGUGCUCUUUGAAGUGCAAAAGUGAAUGGUGUAUGUCUUGGUGCACAUGAUAAAGGCAUCUUAGAUCUUUGAUGGUUUAUCUGGACCAUCCAAAAUGUGAAUUCUACUACAGAUGGAAAAUAGGUUAAAAUCCAUGAUUAUUUCACAAUUGUCACUAAUUUAAUAGCAUCCUCACAGUGGAUGGUAAAAAACUAUGUUAUUUAUGGCUGACAUUUGUCAAGGAAAACUGAAGAACUGUGAUCUAUUUAAUGAUCCAAUCAAUAUCUUCUUUUAAAAACGUGGGCCAUCCGCAAUAGGGUUGACAUGACAGACAUUAUCGAUUGGUCACACGCUUCACAUCAUCCCGUCUCUUGUGCUUGCAAGUUCCAAGGAGAGAUUGCAAUGUGAGUGGUGUGGUUACUACUCUCUAAAUAGAAAAAAAAAGAAAAAGAAAAAGAAAGUGAAGAAA